CGCGAGUGUCGCUACUUUCUCUUUGAUGUAUUUUUUAAUUUUUUUUUUCACUCUCUCGACUCUUCGCUCCCCCUUCGCGACGUCGUUCGAGCGUUUAAACGGACCGUCAUUAAUUUUAGUGAGAGUUUGAAAUUUUGGGAUUCUUAAUUCAACGUUUACCUUUGUCCUGCACCCAUUGACUCGUUGUCACUUUAAUGAUAAUGUAUUUCACUUUUUUUUUUAAUUAAUUUUUACUGAUAACAAUCAGUGAUACGCUUUCGGCAUUGGGUAAAAGAUCGGAUAACUCUUACUGAUUCGUGUGUAUUCGUAGUGGGUACCUUUAUUUACUGUCAACCCAUUCAGAUUCUCUUUGUUUAACACAGUUGAUUGGUACUUUUAUAAUUUUUAAUUGUUAUUAAUUUUAUUAAUAUUGACACUGCUACUGCAUUUCGUACGUCAGAUAACUCUUGCGGAUUCACAUAACUUAAUAAAUUUAUAGAUUUACAGAGUUUUCUAUUAUUCGUAUCUUAUAACGAUCUUUCCGAACACUCGUAUUUGACUCUGUUUAAUUUCUAACCGCUCGGUAAUCCUGACCGGUGGACUAUGGCCACGGUUGAGCGCGCCGAUCUCUGCGCACCAGGAAUCCAAGAAACGUGAACGGAUCACGGACCAUCAGUCGAUCGAUCGGGAUGAUCGGGAUCGGUUCGAUUACCGAAGAGUGGUGUCGUGUUACGUGGUUUCAGCAAAGUUUUAUCGUUGAGCCAUGGAGGAGGAGGAUUUUGGAUUUACCCGCAGGGCUGAUAAGGUUCUCCAAAAGGUCAUGAGUCCAGAAUCACCGGCAGGAGGAAGUUUGGCUGAGAAUCGUGCCCAGGGGGAUGUACCUGACAGACUGAAUACCAAUGGUGGCUUCCUAAACAGCCAGAGCGAAGGCGUGGCGAAGGGUCAGGACUUACCGGAAACCGGAAGUCAACGAGCCGACAACAAUAAAGAGCUACGCUCCAAGGCGCCAGUCUCUGUCGACACUCCGAACAUACCGAAUGUCGUCGAGUAUCACUUAAAAGUGAAGCCGGGAAAGGAUAAGAGUCCAGCUUCCAAUAACACGGAAGGCAAGGACGAAUUGAGGAAGGAUAAAACGUCGGAUCAAGAUGGAAAGAGUCUGCCAACAAAAAUGUCAAAGCUGUCAAUGGAUGUUUUCGAGGGCUCCAGCGAGCUGCCACAGACCUUCCAGGUGAAGUACCUUGGUUCACACGACGCCCGAGGUCUCUGGGGUAUAAAGCACACACGUCGCCCGGUCGAUAAUAUGGUGGCCUCUGCAAGAUCUUUACCGACAGGGAUGAUCCUACCGUUGAUAAAAUUAAUUGUGUCCGAGGACGGUGUCUCCCUUCUUCCGUUGGUAAAGAAGAAACUCGACGGGGGAAUGUCCAGGACAUAUCCAAUAGAGACAAUCUCGUACGGUGUACAGGAUCUUGUCUACACUAGAGUCUUCUCGAUGAUCGUCGUCAGGGAAACUGGUAAUAUACGUGGUAUUUCACCGUUUGAAUGUCAUGCAUUCGUAUGUGAAUCUAAGCACCAUGCAAGACAGUUGACGUACGCAUUGGCCAGUGCUUUUCAAGUAUAUUCGCAAAGCGUCAGAGCUCAGGGAAAAUCUGAAGAGAGUAUGAAUAACGUUAAAAAAAGAUUCGCCAUUGAUCUACGUAGUCCGGACGAGAUUGAGGCGGAUUUGAACCUCGAUUCCGAAGCGUGAAUAAUUUUAUCUUUAUUAAUUAAUUAUUAGUCCGAGAGAACACUCGGAAAAGUGCGCACUUGGGGAUUAGUACUUAAGGAGCGUUCACGGGUUCGAUGGUCGCGCGAAUUAUAGCAGGCAAUAGCAGUUGACGUAAUUUUAAUUGUGAAUUUGAUCCUGAAACUUGUAUUAAUGUUUCCUUUUUUUUCUUUCAAUUGAAAUACUCGAAGUUUUCAAGGACAUAUGUAAUUGCGACCCAUUUUGUAUCUAGAGGAUUGCGGUGGUGCCGAGUAACAAUGGUGGGAAGAGUUACUGUCUUUAUGAGAGUUCUUCUCUCAUUUUCCAUUUUAUAUCCUUGUAGUAUCCAGACGAUAUGUAUAGAGUCGGCACAAAUAGUGUGUUUUAGCGAUAAGUAAUUAGACGGGUGAUCUUUAAAAUUUCUUUCUUAAUGCGACGCAUUUGAAGCAUACCUAUGAAUUGUCGUUGGAUUAAUUAUGUUUUUCUUUCUUUCUGUCUUUUUUUCGGUUUUCUCUUGUUAGUUUGUUUUUUUUUGUCAGCAAAAGUUCGACGACUGUGCUAGCCUGUACGGGGCUACAUACACGAUGGCUAGCUAUCCAAAGAUAUGAAAUAAAAGGGAUGAAACGUGCGCAAGUGAGAAUUUUCCCUCUUGUGUUGUAAAAUGCGUUGUGCGCAUUGUGGUCAAGUACGACUGGGUGUUUAUUACUAAAAGUAUAUAAUGUAAGUUAAUAAGGGCUGCUAUUACUUUUUCCCCCCUUUGUCUCUCCCUCGCUCGCAGAGCUUUCAUGAUUAGAGCUACAAUAUUAUUUCUUUAAUGACUUCCAGGAAAGUACUGCGAGUGAGCGCUCCUCGUACGCGCCUUAGAUUUACAUUUCGUGCGAGCCUGUUAAACCACGAUUAAUUAUUUAUUGAAUUAUGAUUUACGUAACGGUAUAGGGGAUUCCCUUUACUCUUAGUAGCUGUUUAAGUUCGCAACCAAUAUCGACACAUAUCAGUGGCUGUAAAUAUUAUGCGUUUAUGAGGAUUUAAUUGUUUUUACUUUUAUCCAGGUACCGUAUUUGUGUAAUUCACGGUAACUCACGAAAAUUUUAUUAUAAGUUAUUACAUAAUUACGUAAUUUUAAUUGCUUGUGUAGGCAGUUAAGUAUAUUAUUUGUUUCUUAGAACCAAAUAAAUGAAUGUAUUAUAUCAGUUA